AUGUUUACCAGAAAUUUCAGAAAUAUUUGCCGAAGAUAUUCCCAAAGUGUAACAUUCAGAACUACGGAAACGUCUCCUGUACAGCAAAAUGACAACCAAGUAGGGUUGUUUUACACUAUCGAGAAAGAUGUGUGUAAAAAGUUAUUUGGACAUGGAGGACUACCAAAGAGUUACAUGAAACAAACCAAGACAUUCACAGAAACAACUCUUAUGAUUCGACAGCCAGCUCUUGAUGUCAUAGAUUGCAUAAAAGCUAGUGAUUUAAAUAAACCUGCUAUUAGAUAUGUUCUUUAUGGUGAAACAGGAACCGGAAAAUCAUUAACUUUAGCACAUCUUAUACAUUAUGCCCAUGAUGCUGGCUUUUUAAUUGUCCAUGUUCCUUGGGUGUCUGAAUGGCUGCGAAGAGUGCCACGUCACAAAGAGAUGUCAAACUCACAGACCCGUGAGGGCUUUGUUGAUUUGCCCCUAGAUGCUGCAGCAUGGCUGCUACACUUCAAGACCCAAAAUCAGACACUCCUUAAGUGUGGAGAUCUGAAAAUUUCAAAAGACUAUGUAUGGAGCAAACGCGAGCAGACGUCGGCCGGCGCACCGCUUGCCGAACUAGUGGAGCAAGGCAUUUCUCGUGUUAAAUACGCCUGUGACGUAAUCGACGCGCUUGUUUACGAAAUUAAACUGCUAUCCAAUAACAAACAGUGUAAAACAUUUGUGGCAGUAGAUGGAUACAACUGUUUCUUUUAUCCAAUGACAAGGCUAAAUACUCCGACCAAAAAGAAAGUAAAGCCAGAAGAAGUCACGCUUACUACAACUUUUAUGGAACUCACAAAGAAUGACUGGACAAACGGUGUAAUAGUACUAUCAGUGGAUCAAAUCGCCGUACCUGAAGACCACCAAGAGAGCUACUUACCAAAGUAUUUGCUGUAUAAAAAGGGUUUUGAACACCUAGAUCCUUUUGUUCCAGUGGAAGUGGGCAGAUAUUCUGAAAAGGAAUUCUUAUCUUGUGCUAGUUAUUAUAGAGACAGGCUGUGGUUACGAGGGCCUGAAGAUCUUGAGACUGAACUAAAAUUAGCCAGUGCCUGCAAUCCGUACAAAUUCAUGGAGCUCUGUGCCCCACUGUAA